CUGUUCCUGGUCCCGCUGUAGGAAUGGCUGUGGUGAACUGUGCUCGACUUCUCCUCAGGGGAACGCCGAACAGCCUACGGCUGGGCCCGCUCAGAUAUCCCGUUGUUACAAGCCCCUUCCUGUCACGUGCCCACAGGCUGAGUCCCAGUGACGAUGAGCUGUAUCAGCGCACCACAGUGUCCGUCAUGCAGAAGGAGGGGGCAGGUGGAGUCCUCAUCCACAGCUACAGCCCCCGGGGGUUCAACAUUGACGGCAACCAGGUGAUGGGACCCUGUGCUGUCCUGCCCCCCAGCAUCCUGCAGUGGAAUGUGGGAAGCUAUAAAGACAUCUCUGUGGAAAGCCUGGCUCUCUUCUACAUGCUGGAGCCCCGCAUCGAGAUUUUGGUUUUGGGCACAGGAGGUCGGGUGGAGCGGAUUGAUGGGAAAGUCUUAGAGUUCAUGAGGACAAAGGGCAUUGCCGUAGAGGUACAGGACACGCCCAAUGCAUGUGCGACCUUCAACUUCCUGGUUAGCGAGCGUCGAAUGACAGCGGCUGGCCUGAUCCCACCACCUCGCAGCGUGAUCCUGGAGUAGUACCUCAAACAGGAAGUGAUGCCACAGACAGCAUGGAUUUAACACAGUGAUCAACUUGCACUUGCUCACUGGAUUGAAGGGUUACAUGUUUUGUAGUGAUGAAUCCCCAUCUUUUGCAGUUCCAAAUUGCCACUGACUCUAUUUCCAUAAGGCCAUGCCAUACUGAAAAGAAACAAUCAAAAGCCAUGAAAUGCACUUAGAAAUCCGAGACACACAUCUUUUAUGUGACAACAUUCUUACAGAACUUUAGAAGUUUCAAAUGGGGAACAAUGUACCACUGCAAGGGUGUAGCAAGCUGAAUGACAUGGUGGCUAGUUAGUUAACUGGUUACCUUGAUGCAAAUGUAAUUUGAGCAUAACAUGAAUAAGAGUAAAGUAGUCCAGCUUGCCACUAAUUAAGUGGCAGAUUAGCCAGAACUCUGCCACUGUGGGAUACUGGUCAUCAGCUGAUGACACAGCUGGAAUUGAACCUCGGCCGUGGGACUGAAGAUGAUAGUCGUAACCACUGAGACACUCCUGAGCCCCAGCCAGCUUGUUUAUUAUCCGAUAUAUGUAGCUUUUGGAGAGUUAGCUAUCAUUAAUUAGCCAGCUUGACUUAUUCUUUAAAUUGUUGUGUGGGCAUGUGUUGAUGGUGAAGAUACAAUUCUAGACAGGCGCUUACCAAUACCUGGGCAGGGAGCAGACAUGGUGGUUACCUGGGCAACAACAUCCCAGUAUCGCUGUAGCAGCCAAACUUUCACACAGUUUCUCUGAUGGUGUGGAUGUGCAGUCGAUGCUUGAUCAUGGUGUUCAAAUGCCCCGCUUCUCAGGACAUCGAUGUAUUUUGAAAAAGGGGUUUCUGCUGUAUACAGUAUUGUAUUUAUAUAAAAUCUUA